AUGGUCAGUUCGAAGAAGAAGUUCCCUUAUAUAAAUUUCUGUGUAAUCACAUUGGCUCUAAUCGGCCUGGUCGCAGCUGAUGUUAGUCACCUGCAACAUGGAGCCUCGGGAUAUAACUAUGAUGUCCCAUCCGUAUCUUUCGGCUCCUCCUCGGCCUCGGCCUCUCUUCCUGGUGGCGAUUCCAGCAGCUAUCAGCCAGAGCAUUUGAUUCCCCAACAUUUGAAGACUGCUCAGGCCGUUCCUGGUGGCGAUUCCAGCAGCUAUCAGCCAGAGCAUCUGAUUCCCCAGCAUUUGAGGACUGCUCAAGUCAUUCGUGGUGGCGAUUCCAACAGCCAUCAGCCAGAGCAUUUGAGGACUGCUCAGGCCGUUCCUGGUGGCGAUUCAAGCAGCUAUCAGCCAGAGCAUCUGAUUCCCCAACAUUUGAAGACUGCUCAGGCCGUUCCUGGUGGCGAUUCAAGCAGCUAUCAGCCAGAGCAUUUGAUUCCCCAACAUUUGAAGACUGCUCAGGCCGUUCCUGGUGGCGAUUCCAGCAGCUAUCAGCCAGAGCAUCUGAUUCCCCAGCAUUUGAGGACUGCUCAAGUCAUUCGUGGUGGCGAUUCCAACAGCCAUCAGCCAGAGCAUUUGAGGACUGCUCAGGCCGUUCCUGGUGGCGAUUCAAGCAGCUAUCAGCCAGAGCAUCUGAUUCCCCAACAUUUGAAGACUGCUCAGGCCGUUCCUGGUGGCGAUUCAAGCAGCUAUCAGCCAGAGCAUUUGAUUCCCCAACAUUUGAAGACUGCUCAGGCCGUUCCUGGUGGCGAUUCCAGCAGCUAUCAGCCAGAGCAUCUGAUUCCCCAGCAUUUGAGGACUGCUCAAGUCAUUCGUGGUGGCGAUUCCAACAGCCAUCAGCCAGAGCAUUUGAGGACUGCUCAGGCCGUUCCUGGUGGCGAUUCAAGCAGCUAUCAGCCAGAGCAUCUGAUUCCCCAACAUUUGAAGACUGCUCAGGCCGUUCCUGGUGGCGAUUCAAGCAGCUAUCAGCCAGAGCAUCUGAUUCCCCAACAUUUGAAGACUGCUCAGGCCGUUCCUGGUGGCGAUUCAAGCAGCUAUCAGCCAGAGCAUUUGAUUCCCCAGCAUCUGAAGGCCGUUAAUGAAGAGACUGUGGAUGUGCAGGAAUCGUUCAACAUUGGAGCUGACACCUACACACCGGAGAAGUUCAUUCCUGAGGCUGACCGCAUUGCCCACUACAACUACAUCCAUUCGCAGGCCGCGGCUGCUUUGCCGACAUCUGCUGCCGCUACUCGGGUCGCUCCUGGUAGCGAUUCCAGCAGCUAUCAACCUGCCCAUUUGAUUCCCCAGGCAGAUCAUGCGGAAACUGUAUCCGAGUCGUUUAACCUGGGCGCGGAUACUCAGACACCGGAGCAGUAUAUUCCCGAGGAGCAUCGAAUUGCUCACGCCACCUCAAUCCAAGAGCAUACGCCAGUUGUGAUUGGUGCCAAUACCAUUACACCAGCGCACCUUUACCAGGAGCCCACAUCGAAUGGCAUUGAGGAGUUUAACCCUGAAACUCAUGUUCCCGUUGCAAUUGGAGGCGACACGAUUACACCAGCUCAUCUGCAGGCCAAAUACUCAAGCGGCGCCUCCUUGAGAGCCUCAUCCUCCUCCUUCUCCUCCUCGUCCUCCAGCUCCGGCGCCAGCUCUAGCCAUGGCACCCAAUACGGAUCCAAUGGCGGCUAUGUUUACUAA